GAACAAUUAAUCGCAACCCUUACCAACAUUACAAAACAAAAAAUGAAAAGGAAUAGCGUUUCAGUGAAUCUCUCUAUAGGUUUCGAUUCUCUCCUUGAUUGAUCAAUUAAUUAAACGAUCAACGAACAAUACGUCUUCAAAGUCAUGUUCAAGUCCUUCUGGGGUUCUCAGGAGCAACAAGCUCAGCCACAUCCACAAGAAAUUUCUACAGAUUCGUGGUAUCCACCAUCUGUUGUCAGUUCAACCAGUUCUUCACGUCCCCCAACAUCCAGUGUCACCUCUUCCAGCAACUUCAGUGUAUCUAGGCCCCCAGAUCGAUCAAACUCUUUUUCAAAUGUUUCUCCUGCAGAGGCUGCAGGUAUCAUCGCUCAGUUAAAAGAUAAAAGUCUUGAUGAGCUUCGGAAGCUUUUGUCUGACAAGGAUGCAUAUCAAAACCUCUUUCAUUUGCUUGAACCUGUCAAAACUCAAAAUAGGGUGAGAGAUGAACUUCGGAACGAGACACUGAAACUUACUAGAGCGAAUCUGGAAAAAGAACCACGAAUAAUGGAGCUCAGGAAUCAGUGCAAAAUCAUCCGCUCAACUGAGCUGGCUACUAUCCAAGAAAAGUUGCACGACUUAGAGAGAGAAAAAGAGGAGAUACUGAAAUUUUAUUCACCAUCUUCCUUCCUCCAUCGUCUUCAAGAGGCAAUGAAUGAAACAGAAGUGGUAUCUGAGGCCCUCGACAGGCAGCUUCUCGAUAGGGAGAUUGAUCUUACGUCUUUCAUACCAAAAUACAAGAAGUUGCACUAUACUUACCAUAAGCACGCACUUACCCAUCUUGCUGCGAAAACAUCGAUGACAAACUAAGUAGUGAUGCUGUAGUAUGUUAGAUGCUGCUUUCCCUUAAACUGGUAAACAUUGUUACGGUAGGCAAGCUAGUCUUAGUUUUGCCAAGUUAUUUCAAGUGUUUUUUUGCGUAGUUAGUUCGUUCUUUAUUCUGUAUACAUGGUUUUUACAGGCUUAUAGGGAACAUGUCACCGAUUUGCUAUUACAGUGUAAUUAUAGAUAUCCAAAUAUGAGUUUACGAUUCCCAUAGUACAUAAAAUAUAUAUCUAGCCUCGCAUAAGAUCAUUAUCAAUA